ACUGUAACAGACGACGGGGAGUUAAGCUCAGGCUGUAAGUACGAACGAACGCGUCAACCGAGUGUCGUGUGAUGUGCUUUCGGUAGUGAAUAUUUUUUCUUUUAGGGGGCUCGAUGGAUUUUAGAUGGAUUUUGAUUAUCGCCCUGCUUAGCGUCAGAGAUACAUUUUGUGAAACUUUUGCCAGUGUACCAUCGGCGUCUAUAGCUCCAUCGGAGGUGGAUUGUCAACAAUACGUAGAGAAAGCCAUCAAAGAAUUAGUUACUCCAGAACCUAUUGGAAGUACAGAACGUGACCAAAACAUUCAGAAUGAAAGCCCCACAAGUGGAAGCCCUCCAAAUGAUGAUGUUACAGGCUCGAGUUCUCAAGAUGGUAAUUCUCCGGAUGAUAGCAGAUCGAGUACACCACCCCAACCGGAAAAGUUCGAAAAAGAAAAAGAAACAACCAGAGACGAAGUAAAUUUAAAUGAAGGUGUUAAUGAAAGACAUGAAAUUAAAAAUAAUAUUAAUGAAGUAAAUGAUGCAGAAGAAAUCCGUCCACUUGAUAUAACUGAAAAAAAUCAAACCUAUAAUACUGCAGAAGAAGAUAGUGAGAUUGAAAUCGUUAGUGAAGAAGAAGAAAAUCCUGAAAAUAAUAGUGUAAGUGCCAUAGAAAAUGAAGUUAUAGAACCUGAAAAAGAAUCUGUACCUAUUAUUCUAGACAAAGAUGUAGUUAACAAUAAUGUUGAAAUUAUAAUUGAUGUUGAAGAUAUAAAAAUUAAAAAUGCUGAUAAAAUAGUAGAACCUAUUGCAAAUGAGAUACAAGUAGAAGAAACAAUAGAAACUACUAAUGUUAACAAAAAUAUGGAAACCCCUAAACAAUUAUUUAAAGGAACAAAAAAAAGGAACCCAAAAUAUUGGAAGUUUGAUCCAGACGAUGAACCUGAAAAUUCUGUUCCAAUUGUAAAACAAAAACCAAAAAGAAAUCUAAAAUACUGGAAAAUUGAUCCCGAUGAAUUUCCACUUGAACAAGCACCCAAACCAGCUGAAACUCCAAAAUUACGUAAUCCUAAAUAUUGGAAAAUAGACCCAGAAGAAGAAAAAUUGUACAGGCUAGCAGAAGCUAAAAAGACUGAAGAUAUAUUAAAAUCAGCUCCUCAGAAAGGUAAAAGAAAUCCUAAGUACUGGAAGUUUGAUCCAGACGAAGAGUUAAUAGGAGUAGAAAACAAAAAACAUUCGACAGUUGAUGAUACGUUAAAACAAAGUUCAAAUCAAAUUUUCAAAGGAACAAAAAAACGAAAUCCAAAAUAUUGGAAAUUUGAUCCAGAUGAAUAUGAAGAUGAAAUAAAAAAAGAGCCAGUAGCUAAAGCUAAGCGAAACCCUAAGUACUGGAAAUUCGAUCCCGACAACGAACUCGAAGAACAUAAAAAAACGGUUGAAGAAAAUAAAAUAGAAAAAGAUACUCAUAAAAAAAAUAAAUAUUGGAAAAUGGACGAACCAACUGAAGAGAUAAAAAUAUUAGAAGAUAAAGAAAAAGACAAAUCAAAACAGAACAAGUAUUGGAAAACUGAUGAAUCAAAUAAGGAUACAAAAACAAUAGAUCAAAAAGACGAAGAAAAACCAAAAAAGAAUAAAUAUUGGAAAACAGAAGAAGUUGAAAAUAAUAUACCCAAUGAAGUAAUAAAAGAAGAAGAACCAAUCGCAAAAAAAAAUAAAUAUUGGAAAACAGAAGAAACGGAAAAACAAAAUGAAGUGAAAGAUGAAGAUACAACAUCUAAAAAAAAUAAAUACUGGAAAACAGGAGAAAAACCCGUAGAUGCAGUAAAAGAAAAGUUAAUAGAAACUCAAAGAAGUAUGUAUUGGAAACUAGACGAAGAAAAAAAAUCAUCAAAAUGGGAAAAACAAACUAAAAACGAAAAUAUCAAAACUACCGAAGAUGAUGUAACAGUUGAAGAAUACCUGCCAGAAGAAGAUUUGACAAUGGAUGAAGUGGUACCAAAGAAUCUACGAAAUAAAAGUCAUAUAAAACAAACAUUAAAAAUAGGUGAAAAUACUGCACAGCAUGAUAGUUUUCUAUCAAAAGUUGUAGAUUCGACAUUAAAAGAACUAAAAAAAGUAUAUGAAGUGGCAAUUAAACCUUUGGAAAUGACUUUCAAGUACAGAGAUCUGAGUAACAGACAUUUCGGAGAGCCAGAAAUAUUCUCUAAACCACUCAUUCUGUUUAUGGGACCUUGGAGUGGUGGUAAAUCUUCAAUAGUUAAUUAUCUUUUAGACAUUGAACAUUCUCAAUUUGCAUUAAGAACUGGAGCGGAGCCAUCUCCAGCGUAUUUCAACAUUAUGAUGUAUAAUAACCGCGAAGCGAUUCUAGACGGAACGCAAUUAGCAGCUGACUGGACGUUUUCGGGUCUUCAGAAAUUCGGACAGGGUCUGUUGGACAAACUCCGUGGACUCAAGUUACCCCAUCCUUUGUUAGAGAAGGUAAACAUCGUAGAGAUUCCCGGAAUAUUAGAAAUGCGUAAACACGUGGACCGGGUGUUCCCGUUCAACGAUGUGUGUCAAUGGUUCAUCGACAGGGCUGACAUGAUAUUCUUAGUGUACGACCCGGCGAAAUUGGACGUAGGCCCCGAAACCGAAGCAAUAUUGGACCAACUUAAAGGCAGAGAAUAUCAGACAAGGAUAUUGUUGAAUAAGGCUGACAAAAUUCGCGCCGAAGAACUGAUGCGCAUACAGGGCACGCUCAUAUGGAACAUAAGUCCGCUCAUGUCCAGCGCAGAGCCUCCGGUCAUUUAUUCGGUGUCAUUGUGGUCAAACCCGUAUGAAAUCGGGUCUCCAGCCAGGCUGCUACAUUCUCAAGAACUAUCAUUCUUGAAAGACAUUCGUUCGGCAAUCGAUAGGCGCGUUGAAAGCAAGAUAGCCAGUGCUCGGCGAUUCGCGGUGAGGGUGCGAAACCACGCCAAGAUGGUCGACUGUUAUCUGACUACGUACUACAACCACAAGUCGUUCUUCGCAAACCGGAAGACCGUCAGCGACGAUAUCAUAGAGAACCCACAGAACUAUCACAUCUACGAGGGCCUGAGCACACUGACCAACAUAUCUAGAUACGACCUGCCCGAUCCGGACGUGUACAGAGACUUCUUCCGGCUGAACCCCGUGUACGAGUUCAAGCGGCUGUCCGAUACAUGCACGUACUUCCGGGGUUGUCCGAUCAACAAGCUGGACAUGGCCAUUGCCUAUGAUCUGCCCGACCUGAUCGGCCAAUACAAAAGACAAGAGGAGCAACUGGUGACGGAGGUGCCGUGAAAAUGCCACGACGAUAUUAUCCGAUUACCCAUCGAAUAAAAUAUACAGCUGAUAUAUAUCAUAUAUAUUGUUUAAUAUUCAAAUAUUAUUGUUUUACCAAUUAUUUAUUCGUUUUCGUGUAGAAUGUUUUUUUUCUCUCUCUCUUUGAUUUAUAUUAAAUUGUUAGAUAAUAAUAUGUGUGCGUCCGGAAAAAUUGUUGCCAUUUCUAAAAAUGAACAAAAAAGUACGUCUUAAAAACGUGACAACUGCAUUAAUAGUAUGUUAUAAUAUAAUAUCAUGUACUGUACGGUCAUCAGCGACGUGCAUUACGAUAGACACCGCAUUACAAUUAUAGUAUAUUAUAAUAUAUUAUUAUAUAUAUUAUUAUAAUUCAUACCUAUAGUAUCGCGGUAGUCUUUUUUACGACCGUAUUUUACGUUUAUUAAUUUUCGCUAAUUACUAUUCUCGAUGGAGUAAUAUCUCGGGACCUGUGACGUGUUUAAGAUGCUAUUUUUAAGCUGGAAAUGUGAAUCCAACUGAAAGAGAUGCGUAUACCAUAUAGCGUCUUCCGAAACAGUUUGCUCACAUAAUUGGCAAUUGUACCACUCGGUGGGAGGUAUACGCAUGUACAUUGUAUAUUAUUAUACAGAGUGGCUUGUGGUGUUUUCCCAAUAUCCCGCCAUGGUUAGCACACGGAAAAACGGGAAAACACCAUGGUCCACCCUGUAUACAUUGUGAUUUGUGUUACACGAAUGUUUUAUGUCAACAAACGAAUUGGCAAAUUAUUAUUAUGAAUAUUAUGUUCAACAUGUGUAUUUAUCUAUCAUCUAAAGUUUAAGAAAUAUUUAAUUAGAAAAUCUUAA